GCGAUUAAGUUAUACAAUGCUAUACAUUAUAUAGAAAUAAAUGGAGUUUUACAGCAGUUUUUAUAGCAGUUAUGCUAUGAAAUGGACAGACAAUGAUCUGGGAAGUGAUGAUUGCAACUAACGGUUGCUCUUUUGAGACCAAGUUUUCAGUUAUUACAGUUAGAAGAUGUCAUUGAAAUGAUUGAAUAAUUAGCGCCGUUAUGUUUGCUUUGGUGUCAAAUCUGUAUAUAUGACACUAAAGUGUGCUCUGUUUGGUUGUUUGGCAAACACAGCAUCCCAUAUAUCUAUACAUCCUAUGCAUCCCUUCAUCACAUUUGAUUAGUUCUCAUCUCAUAACUCACUGAUGGCUGACUUUUUAGGUGCUUUGUCUACAUAUUUCGGUCAAUAUUAUCACUAAUUUUUAAUCUUUUAUUUCAUUAUAUUAUGAAUAUAUUAUUGCAAUCAUAGUUUGUAAUAAUAAAAUAGUGAUAUAAUUUGUAAGAAAUGGACGAAAAGAUUGGGAAAACAGUUAUAAAUGAGUCAAACGAACAAUUAGUGAAUACAUGUAUGAAAUCAGUUAAGACGACUCCGGUGUUGAUUGUGCCCAACCAUACCUUCAAUAAGCAAAUGUCUUCACUCAAUAGCUCUCAAUAUUCACAAAUCGAUACUAACAUCAAUUGUAUCCCAAAACUUAGCGUUCAUUAUAUCGUCUCUUUAAAUAAUGAUCAGUCAAUUAUCUCUUGUGAUAAACAAAUAGAUCACGAUAUCAACAAUAGUGUCACCAAAAUGGAGAUCACAGAAGGAGAUCGCAAGUGUUUGAUAUCACUACCGUUAGACACCAAUUGUCACAAUGAAUGUGAUAGUAGUAACACAUUAAAGACAAGUCAAUCGAUAACAAAUCAAAGAUUACUCAUUAGUCCGACUGAUUUCUUGACUCUUUCAGAGGAUGGUAUCUCUCACAGGAACUCUGCCGUAAGGAAAGAUGUGAACCUAUCGACCAGUAGUCUUGAGAUAAUUCGUCGCAAUAAUAUUGAGAGCAAUUAUGCCAUUUGUUUAGAUCGAUAUUGCGAAUCACCACUACUUCUGGAGGCACACAAAGAUUCACAUCUUAUUUGUGAUGACGAAACUUCUUGUAACGGAAGAAAUUCUCGACUUUCUGAAAGUCCUGAAGAUAUAACUACUGAUGAGUUGUUUGCAAAUACGUUUGGAACCGAUCAGUCAUCAACUUUAAGAGAAGUGGUCACUCCUAUUGAGGUGGAAAGUGCUCGCAAUACUCCCACUUCACUUCAUAAGGAUAUGUUGAGUACGAAUAAUAAAGACAAAAACAAUAUAGAAGAUAGUCUUCUAUGCGAUGAUAUAAAGCCAAACAUCGAGACAAUCGAUAUUAAACCAAUUUUAACAGUUUUAAAUCCAUUGGAAAGCACUUCCAACACAACCAGUUGUCAAACACAAACAGAAGGAACAUUCACUAUGAUCUCAUCACAACCAGAAGUUAGUAAUGUUACCACUUCUCAAUCACUUCCAUUGACAACACUUGACAUUAAAGUCUUGCCAACCGGAAUGUUAGCUAAAGAUUCCAUUUUAUUGGCCAAUUUGGCCGCUGCUCUACCAUCUUCUCUAACCUCCAGACAAAUUGCACUUCAAGUGAUCCGUGAAGACGGCACUUCUCUUGUCUUACCAUUGAAUACCAAACAGGAAACCAAUGAUGUAAUUCAUCAUAAAGAAGGCUCAAAUGAUAUGGCGGUCAGUACUUCGGUAGUAUUGGCAGAAGUGGUCUCAUCUAAUGAGUCAAUCAGACCAUUCAAAUGUGAAUUAUGUAAUUCAACGUUCACUCGAUUAGGCAAUUAUACGAGACAUAAGAAAAUACAUUCCUAUCCUUCAAAGGAAGACCAACGAUUCCGGUGCGAUAUAUGCAGCAAAUCUUUCAUACAGCGCUGUGAUUUGGCCCGUCAUCUCCAUAUUCAUCGAGGAACUGAACCGCACCGAUGCUCACAAUGUGGAAAGGGUUACAUCAGACACAGCGACUUAGUAACUCAUCAACGCUUCCACAAUAAAGAAAAAAUCUUUUCGUGUCCUCAUUGUUCCAAAGGGUUUUGCCAAAGAGGUGAUCUCAACCGUCACUUGCGUUCAAUUCAUUUACAACUUAAGCCAAUUCUGUGUUCUCAUUGUCACAAAAAGUUUGCAAAAGAGGAGACAUUGUUGCGACACAUGAACUCCUCGCACAGGGAUCUGCUCGAUGAGGCCAAUGAGGCCAAUGAGGCCAAUGACUCAAACAAUCAAACCAUCUAA